UAUGUGUGGCAGCCUUAAGCAGCCACAUUGAAUACCUUCUGUCAUACGGGCAGCUCUAUUCUCAACAAAUCCCGUAGAAUUGUGAAGACGCUGUGGCAAUUGACUACUCGGAGAGUUUUGUUACUACCUUGUGCCUCCCUAACCUAAGCAGUUACUUGGUUGUGGUCCCCAAAAAUGGCAUUAUUUAACUUGGGCAACCGAGUCGAGUAUGUCUGCGUAUGCGGGUUGCUUAACCCACUAUCAAAUAUGUAUUUCUGCAAGCACUGCUCUAAGCUACGUUGUGGGAAUUGUGUGUGUCAUGAGGUGGAUACACAUUUUUGUUUGAAUUGCUUAGAGAACAUUCCGUCGUCCGAGGCAAGGAUACGCAAAAACCGCUGCAGCACCUGCUUCAACUGUCCGAGCUGCCAGAACUUGCUGUCGGUACGGUCGUCAAUGAUGACUGUUCCGCUCGUCAAGGAUGCACCGCCGGUGGCAGACGAGACUAACGCUACCGUCGGUUCGCUUUCGUCGUCAUCGUCGUCACCGGGUAGUGGCAAGCAGGUGCAGAAGAAGAUGUACUACCUGGCGUGUCUUACCUGCAGGUGGAACACACGGGACAUUGGUUUACCGGAUCAGAGUGUCGCGACCGGACAAUGGCCGGAACCGGAGCAUCCGAGUGCGACACGCUUCGCCCAGCUGUUCGACCACUAUCGUUCGGUGGCGUUGCACGAUAAGCAGGAGCGGCAGGAGUUAUGGCGCCGCAAGGCACCGAGGCCCACGAAGUACCCCAACCUAACCGACCGUACCGGGCUGACUGUUGAGAUAUUGCGGCGACAGAUAGGGCUGCCGGAGGCUAAGGCACCCGCCAAGCUAACGAUCAUCCCGAUCAAGCCAGCGGUGGCGAGCGAGGAGGUAGAAGAACUGCCAAUUGAACUACUGACGGAGAAGCUUAACCUGAAUACGGUGUCGACGGUGCAGCAGCGCCUAGCACAACCGGCCACGCAGCCGACCACUGUAGCCCAGCUCUACCCGCAGCACAAGCUGCUCUCCAUCAAGCGCUCGUUGCGCUGCCAGUGUGACCAUAAUGUCAUCAAACCGGACUACAAUCCGACCUCCACCAAGUACCGCAUCGCACUGUUCGCCGCCUAUCAUGCGCCAGACGUUCGCUUUGUACAAUGCGAUACGCUGCGCCACGGUGUAGCAGAUACCUACGUGGUGCUGCGCAUCACGAAUCCGACCGUUAAUGAGAUGAUGAUUACGAUUUUAGACCUACCGAGCCCGGAGGAGGAGCGGGCGCUGAUUGAUGAGGAGUACCAGGCGACGGUCGCUUUAGCGACGGCUAGAAGCGGCACUAGCAGCAGUUCGACAGCCGCCUCCUCAGCCGCGGCACAGGCAAUGCGCAGCCUAAAUGCUUCGCUUGCCAAACAGGUACCGCUAAUCGAGCGCCCGCGGCUGGUCGAUCGUGUCGUGAAUGGGACGCUGACACUGCCAGAUAGCAGCUUUUACGUUAGGUAUCGCGACGAAGCCGGUCUGAUCGAUGAGAUCGUGCCACCCACAAUGUUCGCACCCAAGUUCGUCACAUGGCGCAAGGAUAAUCAUGCUGCCAUACGGCUCGCUGUGAAACCGAAUCCGGAUGUGCAGGUCGGCGAAUAUGUUUGGGUUGGAUUCACACUACAGUACACCUAUAACAACGUCUAUUUGGGAAAACCGGAGCAGCUAGCUCUCAGUACGCGUGUCUACGUUAAUCUCGGAAAGCUGCAGUAACUGCAGUAGCAGUAAUGGCAGACUGGCUGGCAUCAUUCAUUGCUACUUGGCUAAUCGUGCACUUCAUUCCCUUUUCGUCCCACCAAUGAGGGAUCAUUGAAGGAUAUUUUCUAUUUAUUUUGAUCUGAAUCAUGCUUGUUAUAAUGGCUAUAUAUUGUAUAUUAUUUUUGGUGCAUCUUUCAAUUCAACAUAGUUACUAAUAACAGAUUAUCAUCAAGAAAACGCGAUCAAUUGUUGAGUAAACUAUCCGCAAUAGUAAAAGUGGCAAAACUAUUAAAAGAAAUAAGAAUUAUUUAUGGUCUACUAACAGUAAUAAUUAUAAAGCAUUAAAUAAAGCAAAAACCGUACUACUAGCAGCAUUUCUUCAACCAGGGUAUCCUUGCCAAUCUACGCCACUCUUGAAACUCCAAGGAUAGUAAGGGAAAUAGGAUUCUUUUCCUAGCUCAUAAACAUAUGCAGCAGAUCAUUUCAGAUCCUUUGUACGAUUUAGUAUUCUCUCCUGAAUACAAAAUUCCAAUAAAUAUUCCGAACAGAUGAUCCAGCAGUGCGUUCCUGAAAAAUGACGAAAAUCUUCAGUUUUUUUCAGUACCCCUCAUAUGCUCUCUUCGAUCUAAUGUUCCCUAUUUCUUUCUUAAGAUAUUACCUAAUAUUUUCAUCCGUACAAUAGAUUGCUUCG